ACGCUCCUCCCAGCUGGACUUUGCCCAGGUCCGAAGGGCCGGUACGGAGGGAUUCUCGGUGCACCCCGUUUUUCCAAGCGGCCCCAGAGAUAUUGAGCUGGUGAUAUCUUCCAUUCAGAAAUCUGAUCACCUGUGGCUGUAGAGCAUGUGGGAAGGACGCCGCGUGGAGGAACUGCCCACUCCGGCCUUCACGGUGGAUCUCGACGUAGCCACGAGGAAUGCGCAGCACAUGCGGGAGCGUUGCGAAGCUCUGGGGGUGGCCCUGAGGCCCCACAUGAAGACCCACAAGACGCUGGAAGGUGGGCGCCUCAUGACGGGGGGCUCCCUGAGGGGAAUCGUGGUCUCCACGCUGGCCGAGGCCCGCCACUUUGCCGACGGCGGCUUCGAUGACAUCCUCUAUGCCUACCCGCUACCCUUCGACAAGGUGGGAGAUUGUGCGUCCUUGGCCGAGAAACUGGACGCCUUCCAGGUGAUGGUGGACAGUCCAGAGGCCUUGGACCGGCUGAAAGGGAGGCCUCUGAGAACUGGACAGCCCUGGAAAGUCUGGCUGAAGAUUGAUUGCGACAACGGACGAGCUGGGGUGAAACCCUCGGAGCCCGCCGCCUUGCAGCUGGCCAAGGCCAUCUCCGAAGGCGCGACGGAGCUGGCGGGCAUCUACGCCCAUUGCGGCAACUCGUACGGGUGCCACGGCCUGUCGGAGAUCCAGUCAGUUGCCCAAAAAACCACGGAGUUUACUCUGAAGUUUAUGGAGCAGCUCCGGGAAGCCGGGGUGCCCUGUCCGAAAUCCAGCAUCGGCUCCACGCCCUCCUGCAGCCACCCGGUGCCCGCCAUGGGCAAGCUCAGCGAAGUUCACCCAGGAAAUUAUAUUUUUUACGAUCUUCAGCAGAUGAUGAUUGGCUCCUGCCAGCUUGAGGACGUGGCCGUGCGAGUUUGGACGCGAGUGAUCGGUCACUACCCACACCGCAACCAGUUAUUGGUGGACUGCGGAUGGACCGGACUGAGCCUUCACAGCCUGGGUCAGCUGCCGACCGGCUUCGCCCUGGUGGACGGUCACCCAGACCUCAAAUUGCUGGCGAUGACCCAGGAGCACGGAAAAAUCGAACCCAUGACCGGGAAACUGGAUUUUGCCAAGUUCCCUUUGGGCAGCCUCUGGCUCUGAUUCCUUAUCACGUAAGUCUGGCUUGGACCUAGAAACGGACUGCCCCACCCUUGCUGGUUUGCUGCUGGUCUAACCGCUCCCGAGAUUGCAUUCACACAAUCCACUUAACCUGGAUUCUGAAUCAUCCGUUUUUUCCCGCUUUGAAGAAACCCUAAAUUAACCAACCUGGCAGCGUUCCCAUGACAUUCGGCCACAAAACAACCUAAUCCAGGUUAACCCCAAGCAGGGUUUUCUUUUUUUUCCAGGUUGUGUGAAUGCAUCUGCUGGGCAGAUUAUUAUUAUUAUUUUUUGACCCUGGGAAGUGUGUUUGCAGCUAGCCAUGUUUCUGAUUGUCUCGUUUCUCUCUCUCUUUCUUUGCACCUUGGGGGCACCCCAAACAAACGGCAGGCAUGUGCCACAGCCGCGAUGCACCCCGUCUUCUUCGUCCAUAGCGGGGGCCGUAUCGUGGAGACGUGGAAGCCAGUGCGAGGCUGGUAAAAAGACAAGACGAAGAAGAUCCGUAGAUCUUGGCCUGUGUUAUCAUUUGAGGGUCCUUUGAUGAUUGGUUCCCACAAUCGUUUGAACUUUCUGGUGGCGUGGGAAUCUCCGGUUUCAACUUCACAAGAUCUGAAUUGCCGAUGUAGCUGUAGGUAAACUCCAUUCCAAGUCAAGCCAGGAGUCCAUUGGUUGCUGAACCGUCCAAUUCCUAUCAAGCCACGAAUGGUGGUUUAUAAAGGCAUGACCAACUUAAGUCGGUGAAACAAUUCUGUUUAUGAAAAGAGAGAUCCCCCCCCCAGAAAUACAGAUUGUCCUCAACAUACGACUAUUGUUUAACCAUUGUUAAGUCAGUUUUGCUCCAUUUUACAACAUUUUUUGCCACCACUGUUGUUAAGCGAAUCCCUACGGUUGUUAAGUGAGUCACACGGUCAUAAAGUGAAUCUGGCUUCUCCGUUGACUUUGCUUGUCAGAAGGUCGCAAAAGGUGAUCUCGUGACCUCCCCCCCCUUUCAGGACACUGAGACCGUCAUAAAUAUGAAGCAGUUGGCAAUGGUCUGCGACUGUCAUUAAGUGUGAAAAAUGGUCAAAAGUCACCGUUUUCAGUGGCGUUGUGACUUCGAACAGUCACCAAAUGAAUGAUUGUAAGUGGA